AAGAAAAGCAAAAGCAGAAGAACGAAGAAAAGAAAGAAGGAAAGGGGAGGAAGAAGAGGGAGGCAGCGCGGUGGGUGUCACUGCCACCGUCGCCGCCGCUGCUGACAAAAGAGAGAGGAGAUCUGAGAGAGAAGGAGAGUACCGCGAGGAAGCCGCCGCGCAGCUCAGGACCGCCGUCGCGUCGCGUCGCCGCCCAGCGCCGAGGAGACCACGCGGGGAGGAGAGACGCGCGAGGGAGAGAGAGCGGGAUCUCAAGCCGAGCUGAGGUCCAACCACCGUGUCAGAACCCUUUUCGCGUCGCGAGCGUCGCCCACACCGUGAAGCCGUCGCCGCCGCUACUGUACCCGCGUCGUCGUCGUUCUCGUCCCGGAGUCGGUUGCCGCCACUUAUGGAAGAGCUAGAGAGAGCGAGAGAGAGCGAGCUCGGGAGCAAAGGAGAGAAAAGAGAGACCCGCGCCAGCCACCGCCGCUUCUGCCGCUCGAAAUUCUGCUGCCGCCGCCAGAGAAUGCACUGUCGUUACCCGCCCCCGCUGCUUGUUAUUCUGAACUGCUGCACCGUCGUUGCCGCCGUUCUGGUCACCGGGUGUGGCGUGGGUGAUCAUCGGAACCACCAUUGGAGUUACCGUUAUUUCAGUUCAGCCGUUCAUCCUUGUUUGGGUAAGCCAUGCGUUCCAAAACCUUUAAAUUGGUGUUUCUGUUUUAAGUUGUUUGAGGAUCUGAGGUCUUGGUGUCAUAGGAUCGAGUUAUGGGUCUUGAUUGUUGAGUUCUAUGGCUGCUGCAUACAGCAUCAAGGUGCUGCGUCGUCACCGGAGCUGCUGUUGCUCCGUUUUCUUGAUUAUUUGAUUGGGCUAAGGCUGUGUUUAGAGGCUGUGGCUGCUGCGGGGACGGUCAGUAUUAAUGUUGUUGCUGUGGGAUAAGAAUAGAAAUGCGGUUUGUCGCGUAGUUGAAUCGCGAACGAGCUUUACCUUUUCAGGAACCGGAUGAAGAAGCAU